CGGCUGUUCAUCAGCAGAGCGGACUUAGAUCACCACAAUUAAAUUAGAGCAAUUACAGAGAAGCGUGAAAAAUCAGUAAGGAGUUGCGUUUUCGAGUGGCUGAUCUCUUGAUGCCUCCAAAUAAAUCGCACGCGAGCGUGAGGAAAUAUCCGUGCUCUUGUUUUAAUCAUGGCAUUAAGUUUUUCGUCCUUCUCCAUCAAAGACAUCCUCACCGGACGUGAUGCCCGGGGGAAGCCCGGUACCGGGAGGACAGAGGAGCUCUGCGCGCCGAAGCGCAACAUCUGCACCGGGCAUGGCACGAGAGUCCUCGAGCUUUGUCAUCAGGACGCGGAUGAGAAGCGCAUCAACAAGGGACUUCCUGCUGAUCUCUGGCAUAUCCGAGCUGAUACACACACCGAGGAGGCCACGGGACAGGAGACUGAGCUCAGAGAGAGUGCUGCACACCAUCAGCCAGACUGUAUGGAUCGGGAUCAACUGCAGACUGAGGCGCUGGAGGCUGAGGAGGAGGAGGAGGAGGAGGAGGAGGGAUGCAACCUCAGCGGGGAGACUGUCAACUGUUCGGCCGAUGAGCAGCGCUGCAGGCCCGGCACCAAGAAGCGCUCCAGAGCGGCCUUCUCUCAUGCGCAGGUCUACGAGCUCGAGCGCCGGUUCAACACGCAGCGUUAUCUGUCCGGUCCUGAACGAGCCGAUCUGGCAGAGGCUCUGAAACUCACAGAGACUCAGGUGAAAAUCUGGUUCCAGAACCGGAGAUACAAAACCAAGCGGCGGCAGAUGGCCGCCGAGCUGGCGACGUGCAGCUCACCAAGGAAAGUAGCAGUAAGAGUGCUGGUGAGGGACAAUCAAAAGCAGUACCACCCGCAGAACGGACUACACAUCCCAGUGAAUGUGCCACUGUACCACCAGGCCUACCAGUACCACCCCUACCUGCACUACUACUGCCAGCCCUGGACCAUGAACAGGAUGUCCUGUCCUCCACAGGAUGCUCUGAAGUCCUCUCUGGACAUGGACAAGUGUCUCUCCUGUUGGCAGCUUUGUGUACAGUCAAUGGAUCACCCUCUCGUGUCAAACUGACUGAGGACAUACAGCUUGUUUGUUUGUUUUAUAUUCGGGUUAUUUUCUGUCUUUUGAAUAUAAGCCAGUUUAGCACUUAGGCCUUGAAUUUAGGGUUCAUAAAAUGCACCAUGACUAGCUACAUUUCUGAGAUAUUCUGCAAGUUAAAUCAAGGAAAUUAUAAAAAAUAACACAUUUUAACAUGCAGUGUUUUGUCCUUUCAGACUGUCAACUUAGCUUAGCAAUUAGCUCAUUACUGCAUAAAAACAACAUAGCAAUUUUAGUACAGGUCUACACGGUGUUAUAGUGUUUUCCUGAUCCACCACGUAGUUUUUUUAAGACAAAAAUUUUCAAGAGAUUGUAUACAAAUGGUGAAGGGCUGAUGGAAAACAGAGAGAGUUUUUUUUUUUUUUUUAUCAAACCAAUUGUAUAUUCAGCAUUUCCUUGCAGGAUUGUUUUUUUUAAAGCAAUCAAGUAGUUGUAAAUAUUUGUUAAUGUGCACAUAGGGCCAUAAAUGUGUUCUGCUAUAUGAGAUAUCAGAAAACAGCAAUGGCUUUCUGUUUCAAGGACUUAUUUUUCCCCAUCACACUAAAAGUUGUCUUUAUGAAAAGUCGUCUCCUCCUGCUGUUUCUUUGUAAUAACACAUUUGUUAUUAUUUUUUUUGCCUCUAAUUUGCCAAAAAUAAUUUGUGAAAAUAAUUUUCAUAAAUAUAUUAUGGUUUCAUUACAUUAUCUUAAACAAUUUGCCUAUUUUACAUUUUAUUGGUUGAAUAUAGGGGGAGGAUACUGCAAUUUUUGGGCAGGUUCCAUAUUUAAUUUUACCAAUGCAGGAUAAAGUUUUGCAAUUUUGAAAAUAAAAUUUAAGAUAUUAUACCCCUCUGUAACCAAGUAAUUGUCAUACAGUCCUUGAAUAUCUCAAUACAAAGGGAAAAAAGAAAGAAUACCUUAAAAGUGGCAUUUAGUGGAUAAUAUGAAAUGUAUUCUAAAAUUUGGUACACAUAAAAACUUUUAUGCUUUUAAAUCAUUUGAAAAAAACAUAAAUACAAUAAAUCAGCAGUUCUUAGUCCACAGCAACAUCUACCGACUGUCCCAUAGGAUGAUGUAUAUGUUGUUUUUUUCCCUCUUUAAUGACUGCCAGUAACAGUCCAUAAGCGACCAGACGGAGCAGAAAGGAAUCCUGAAUUUAUACAAACCAAGCGAGAGAAAGUAGCUUAUCUUGGUGUGUGAGAAGCAUGACCGAGACGCUGACAGUUUAAGGAGGUAUUUAUUUCAUUUAUGGGACAUUUUUAUUGAUCAUGAAACUCAACAUAACACCUGCAGGAACACAUUCUUUAUGUGAGGGGUUUACACCUUCAGUAACCUUUUGGAGGGUGAAAAUAUGACUUACUGUAAAAAAAAAAAAAAAAAAAAAAAAGCUCCAUGCAAAGAAAUGCAGACAAUAUAUUUAGUUUACUGAUUUAAGUAUUACACAAAACUGAAGGUGAAUAUUUACGGUUGUUUCUUAAAGAGGUGUGUGUUACAUGUGUGUAGGCCUCGUCUCUACUGUGUGCUGCAUGAGUCAGAGAGGGUCAAUAGACCGUGGAGAUGUUGCACCAUCCAACCGGGCUGCACAAGACAGCACACAUUAAUCAUGCCUUGACUGAAAAGACUGCACACUCAUCCCAAAGAUAUGUACACAAUGGCCACACUUGAUAGGAAAAUAAAAACGUAAUUCAUAAAAGACAAUGGAGCCUGCAGGCUGCUGGGGAGGGCACAGUCUGCCCUUAUCUGCCCUACAGAUAAACAGAUAAAGUGUGUUUUUGGAAAUAAUAGAUAUGAUUUGUGACAUUUUGACACGACAAGAUCAAUUGUGUGCUCUUAAAUUGUUUGCAAGUAUUUGCCUCCAGCUGGGUAGCAUCCUGUCUAUUUAAGCCUAGCAAUUACUAUUAUUACAUUAUUACAACAUAAAAGGCAUCAAAGGAACCGAGAUGUAAAAAAAGGCACUUCAGCUUCCCUUUUCCCACGACAAGCUGCUUUGGCAGAGCAUCACCUCGUGCCAUACGCUGGCACCAGCCCAGACCUCAUUUAUCUCUUAUAUCAAAACAGCACUUCAAGCUAUCCUAAGUGGUUGACACAACAGGUUUCUAAUACACAAAACACUCCUUCUGACUGUCCGACUAUAAAUCACCAGGGCACAAUUAAGUCUAAUUAUUUUCAUUUACACAGGGUGUAUUGGCUGUUUAAGACUUAGGCUAAGAGUAUGCAACAGAAAAGGACACGGUGUUGCGUUGUGGCUCUGAGGUAUGCCACUUUCUAUGUGCUCUGAUUAGUCGCAUUGUGCUGCUGAAUAGUUGUUUUAGUCAUUGCUGUCUACCGUGACAAGAUACCUUUUUUUUUCUUUUCCUGCACCGAUGAUGUAAAUUUCCAUUGAGAAAAGCACAAGGCACUGAAAAGAGUGAGCAACACAACACAGAUGCAUCCAUAUUAUUCACCUAAUAAUUCCAAUUUAUUACAAAUUCAACCAUUCACGUACAAAAAAAACUGCAUCCUGAAUGAAACAGUCAGAGUUCUGAACACAUGGUUGGUGCUGUGAAUUGAAACAAAACUACUUGGUUCAGUUUGGGGGGG